AUGGCGAGGAAACCUGCAUGGCUUGAAGGUUUAAUGGCGGAAACUUUCUUUGCGAGCUGUGGAGUCCACGAGGGUUGGAGCCAUAAGAACGAGAAGAACGUCUUCUGCUUGACCUGCUGUGUCAGCCUCUGCCCUCACUGCGUCCCUUUCCAUCAAUCCCAUCCUCUUCUCCAGGUGAGACGGUAUAUGUACCAAGACGUGGUUCUGCUGAGUGAUCUUGAGAACUUCAUAGACUGCUCAUAUAUUAAGCCAUAUACGUUGAAUGGAGCGAAGGUGAUAUACUUGAACCAGAGGGCGCAGACAAGCGCCGUUUCUUCGAAUGUCUGCCGCCAUUGUUACAAAGUCAUUCAAGAACCUUUCCACUUCUGUUCUCUCUCCUGCAAGGUCGAUCAUCUGAUUUCUCAAUAUGCGGAUUUAUCAAGCAUUAUUCUCUAUCGACUGGAUGAUGAUGAUGAUGGCAAUUCGGAGAGGAAAGGCAGCCGGAGAAAGGGUGUGCCUCAUAGGGCCCCUUUUUAUUAA